UAAAGUUAAUUUACCACUUAGUUUCUCCAAACUACCCUAAUUCUUUUUGCCCCAUUGCUUACAAAAUCCGUUCACGAUUUCGAGCUCUCAUGCAGAGAGCCUGUGGCUGCGUGGUACCACAGUGACUCUCGCUUCGAGGUUUAUUACAGCAGCCCAACAUUUAUUUGCAGUGCUCGGUAUGCACACCGUAUUAAGAGAUGUGCUAGGUCAUCACUUGGGUUCGUGAGAACUGAUUUCUUGUUUCUUUAUUUGAAAAAUUAUCGAGGCAGCUUUGUCUCAUGUUACAUAUUCCUUCCUUGAUUCUCUCUCACCUCUGCCCUCGAGAAGUUAUUGCUUUCCUCCACCUGUAGCUUUUGCAUCCACCUCCUGGCCUGCAGCCCGCUGCAUGCAGUCCACCCAGCAGCACGCGCUGCCAUUCACAUGUCCACACUCCACACAGCUCCAUAAAUCGGCCGGCGACACCCAGUUCAAUCAGCAGUUGCAAGCACAAGUCUCCAAAAUGCACCGCUCCUUCCUCCUCCUCCUCGUCUGCGCGCUCGCAGCCGCCUCGCUCUCCGCCGACACCGCCAUUGCCCAGAGCCAGAGGUCGUGGGCCGAGCUCAGCGGGCGGGACAACUGGGACGGCCUCCUGGACCCGCUUGACGCCGACCUCCGCCGCGCCGUGAUCCGGUACGGCGAGCUGGCGCAGGCGACCUCGGACGCGUUCAUUGCCGACCCGGCGUCGCCCUACGCGGGCGCGUCGCGGUACGCGCCGGGGGCGUUCCUCCGCCGGGCGCAGGCGGGGCCCGACCCGGGCGCGUACUACCGCGUCACGCGGUUCCUGUACGCGACGUCGGGCGCGCGGCUCCCCGACGGCCUCCUCACGCGGCCGGCGCCGCCGGGGGCGUGGAGCGCCGAGUCCAACUGGAUGGGGUACGUGGCCGUGGCCACGGACGCCGGCGCGGCGGGGCUCGGGAGGCGGGACAUCGUGGUGGCGUGGCGCGGGACGAAGCGCGCCGUGGAGUGGGCCGACGACCUGGACAUCACGCUGGUGCCGGCGGCGGGCGUCGUCGGGCCGGGGCCCGGGUGGUCGCAGCCGGCGGUGCACCGGGGCUUCCUGUCCGUCUACACGUCCAGGAAUUCCACGUCUCGGUUCAACAAACAGAGCGCCAGGGAGCAGGCGUUGGCCGAGAUUAGGAGGCUCCUGGACGAGUACAAGGGCGAGAACUGCAGCAUCACGCUGACCGGCCACAGCCUGGGCGCGGCGCUCUCGACGCUGGCCGCCAUCGACAUCGUCGGCAACGGCCUCAACGUCCGCGGCGCCAACGACACGGUGCCCGUGGCGGCCAUCGUCUUCGGCAGCCCCCGCGUGGGCGACGACCAGUUCAAGAAGGCGUUCGAGUCGACGCCCGGCGCCCGGCUGCUCCGCGUCCGGAACGCGCCCGACGUCGUGCCCACCGUCCUGCCGGCCGCCUUCUACAAGGACGUCGGCGCGGAGCUGCUGCUGGACACGCGCAAGUCGCCGUACCUCAAGAGGCCCGGGCCGGGCCCCGCCGCGUGGCACAACCUCGAGUGCUACCUGCACGGCGUCGCGGGCACGCAGGGCGCCGGCGGCGGCGCCGGGUUCCGCCUGGAGGUGGAGCGCGACCUGGCACUGGUGAACAAGGAGGUGGACGCGCUCGCGGACGAGUACCCCGUGCCGGCGGCGUGGUGGGUGGAGGGGAACAAGGGCAUGGUCAAGGACGCGAGCGGGCGGUGGGUCCUGCAGGAUCACGAGGAGGGUAACCUCGCCAUGUGAUGAGUUUUGGCUGGUGACUUGCGUUGCGGGUAGAUAAUGCAGCAUGGUAAUUUUAGCUGGUUAAGGUAAGAUUUUUCCAUGAAAUUAUUGCGUAUUUGAGUAGCUAAACAAGGGUAAAAGGGGAAAAAGGUAAGUGCCGAAUAUUUGGACCGCAGUCAACAGGUAAAAUUGGCUGAGCUUGAUUCAAAUGCGAUAUAAUUUCUAUGAA